AUGAAAUUCUAUCAGCUUGGGUUUUUGAUCCUGACGUUCCUGGUGCCUGAAUGUGGCGUAGCACCGCUCAACACCAGGAUUGUAGGAGGCGAUGAUGCACCCGUGGGGGCGUGGCCCUGGCAAGUGAGCAUGCAAAGAGGAGGUGGACACUCUUGUGGAGGGUCGCUGAUCACCCGGAUAUGGGUGCUGUGUGCCGCCCACUGCUUCCCAUCCUCCAGCGAUACCUUGACUAUCCGUCUGGGAUACCAAUCCCUGGAUCUGGCAAAUCCCAACGGAGUGACUCGUACGGUAAGGCAGGUCAUCCCCCAUGAGGACUACAGCGAUCGGACCAACGAUAACGACAUCGCCCUUUUACGGAUUGACGCUGUUGUUUACACCGAUUUUAUCCGGCCUGUCUGCCUCGCUGCUCCUGGCACUAACGUCGGAGCCGGAACCGAUGUCUGGAUCACCGGAUGGGGCAAUAUUGGAAGUGGCGUGGAUCUUCCAUUUCCGCGGACGCUACAGGAAGUAGAGGUUCCAGUGGUAUCCAACGACGAUUGCGAUGACGUGUAUGGAAUCAUCACCGACAACAUGAUCUGUGCCGGACUAAGCGAGGGGGGACGGGACUCAUGCCAGGGGGAUUCUGGCGGUCCAAUGGUGGCCAAGAAUGGUACUCAGUGGAUCCAACUUGGCAUUGUGAGCUUUGGAUUUGGAUGCGCUCGCCCCGAUGUUCCAGGAGUAUACGCGCGAGUGUCAGAAUACCGGCAGUGGAUAAUGGAUAACAUCGCUGACAGUGAACCGCCGACUUUUGUCACAUUUUCAAAUUCCUCGAGUGGCACUGGGGUGGAAUUCCAUUCGGCUCCUCUACUUCUCACGCUUCUUCCGUCAUUCUUCACCGCCAUGGUUCUCAUGUGA